CACGGCCGUUCGUGUUCGUCUCGCUCUUCGCCCUCACCACGCCUCACGCUGCAUCCCACGCCCACGCUCGCGCACCGUCCCCCGACUCCGGCGCGCCCAUCUCAGGGCUCCUUUGCCUGCACUUCUGCUGCCGCUGUGUUGCUUGCGCCGCGCCUGCCCCAGCCUUGCCGCGCCCCAGCCGCCCAGCCCUCACGUCGCGUCCCGACGGCCUCCCGCCCGCGCAGACGACCAGACGACCGACCCCAGCGAGACCCGCCAGCGCCGCCCGCUCGCGACCAUGAACCACGGCUACCCGCCCCCGCGCGCCAUGGUGCCCCAAGGCGGGCCCAGCCAGCGCCUGAACGAGCUGCUGGACAACAUCCGGACCGAGUUUGAGACCGAGUCGCAGCGCAGCGUCGACUACGAGGGCCAGAUCACCCGCCACAUUCAGGAGAUCGAGCUCAUCCGUAGCAAGGUCUACUCGCUGGAGAACCAGCACAACCAGAUGAAAGCCAAGUACGAGGACCGCAUUGCCCAGCUCGAGCGCGAACUCGAGCAGCGCGGCGGCCCCAGCCAGAGCUCGCACCACCACCCAUCGCAGCCGCAGCCGCCCCAGAUCGGCCACGGGCCUAGCAAUCUCUUCGGCGGCAUAAUGGCAGGCAGCGCCAACCAGGGCGGGCCUGGCCUCGCGCCGCCGCCCCAGGACGCCAACCCGCCGCACGGCAUGCCGCCACAGCUCGGAGGCGGCCCGCAAGGCCCGCCAGGCCUCAAUCCUGCCCCGGGUCCACCCCAGCACUUUGGUGGAUAUCAGCCUGGACCUGCAGCCAACGGAUACGGCCAGCCGCCCCAGCCAACUGCCUCGCCCGGCGGCAAGCGCCCCGGCCCUCCUCGCGGCCCUCCUGGCGGCCCUGCCACGCCCCAGCAGAACAACCCGGCCCCGUACCCGGGCUCGCCCCAGGUGCCCCGGCCGACGCCGCCUCCCCACCACCAGCAGACUGCUCUGAUGGCCCAGCACCAGCCGCCGCUGCCCCUGGCGCAGAGCAACUGCCUGGCCGACCUGGACGUCGAGCAGCUGCCGGCGCAGUACAAGCGCGAGGGCGACGACUGGUACGCCGUCUUCAACCCGCGCGCCAGGCGUGUGCUCGAUGUCGACCUGAUCCACAACCUGCCCCACCAGAGUGUCGUCUGCUGCGUGCGCUUCAGUCUCGACGGCCGCUACGUUGCCACUGGCUGCAACCGCUCCGCCCAGAUCUUCGAUGUGGAGACCGGAAACCCCGUCGCCCACCUCCAGGACGGCAGCCUCCCCGAGGACGGCGAUCUUACCCUCGCCACGGGCGCUGAGGACAAGGUCAUUCGUGUGUGGGACAUUGCCACCCGCACCAUCAAGCACCAGUUCACCGGCCACGAGCAGGACAUCUAUAGUCUGGACUUUGCUCGCAACGGCAGGAUCAUUGCGUCUGGCUCCGGCGACCGCAGCGUGCGUCUGUGGGACCUCGAGGCCAACUCACAAAUCGCCAACUUCUCCAUCGAGGACGGCGUCACCACCGUGGCCAUCUCGCCCGACAACCUCUACGUCGCGGCCGGCUCGCUCGACAAGAGCGUGCGCGUGUGGGACAUCCAGAGCGGCCAGCUCGUUGUGCGCCUCGAGGGCCAAGAAGGCCACAAGGAUAGUGUUUACAGUGUCGCGUUUGCGCCUUCCGGCGGCCGCCUCGUCAGCGGUUCCCUCGACAAGACGAUCAAGAUGUGGGAGCUCACGACCCCCACGCGCUUUGUUCCCGGUAAUGCCCCAAGCGGCAAGUGCGUGCGCACGUUUGAGGGCCACAAGGAUUUCGUCCUUAGCGUUGCGCUCACGCCGCAUGGCGACUGGGUGCUCUCCGGCUCCAAGGACCGCGGCGUGCAGUUCUGGGACCCGCACACGGGCGUUGCGCAGCUCAUGCUGCAGGGGCACAAGAACUCGGUUAUUUCCGUGGCGCCCUCGCCCACCGGCGGCGUGUUCGCGACCGGCUCCGGCGAUAUGCGCGCCCGCAUCUGGAAGUUCGACAGGUACAACGGGCCGUAGGAGGCGCAGGCGUAGACGAGUAGGUGGGCGGAGGUAGCUUGUUAUUCCAAACAGACGUCAGGACAGACGAACGACGAAAAGAGAGCAAUGUGCGAUGUGUGAUGGGGGUUUUGGCGCGGCGGCUACUUGGAUGCAUCGAUGAUGGAUGGCUUGGCUGGACGGACGGAGCGUGGGCGGCAGGGAUACAGACGGGAUACCUUGAGCAUUGGGCGCUUUGCCAGUUUACACUAUUAGUUCCUCUCGCUUUUCAUGACUGUAGGAUGUAGGGUUAGCACGAAUUGAGUUUGUGGGUUUAGCGCGU